AUGAUUUCAGACUUCUUUAAAGUGGAUGAAAGUAAUUUACCCCCCAAACUCCUGUUCAUUGUUGGUUGGAAUGAAUUGGAAAAAAAAAUUGCUGUGACCUGCCGUCAGCACAAUCGAGUUGUGAGUGAUGUGGCUGAGAGUGGCAAUCGUACGGGCCUGUUCACCUUCAGUGAAAUUCGAGCUGUGCAUGAGCUUCUUUGUCUUGUACAUGAGUCUCUCUCGCCAUAUCUGCCUGAUUUACCCGUGGAACCACGUGGCCUCUGGACAUUUAUUAGCCCAAUGACCACACCAGAAAAUAUUGAUUCUAUCUGCCAGCAACUUGAAAUCUAUUUUCAAAACAUGCUUGACAUUUGCAAUGAGAAGUUGCUCAUGUCAACCCUGUUUGAAGAAUUCACAGCAGAGGACUAUUUUGAAAAUUUCUCCGAGAUCCACCGACGGAGCUAUGAAGAAUCCGUCCAACUAGCUGAAGAGCAAUUUGAGAAUAUUCUCUUCUAUCGUAAGAAUGCAGUGACAAUGUGUGACAGGGAGGAUGCUUACAACUUGGAAGAUAUUGCAAUGGUUAAGCUUAAUGUAAGUUUUGCAAGUCUUUAUAACUUCCAGAUGCAACCUUUUCUGGAUAUGCGGGAAUUAGCUUUUUCCAAACUGCGUGAAGCCCGUAAGAAACUUCAAGACCCUGAUGUUGGUGAGCGUAUAAAAGCAGAGAAUCGUAAAAUUUUCACAGAUUGGCAGGGUCAUUAUGAAAGGGCCCUUGAUAAUUUACAGGAACUUUAUAUCAAAUAUUAUGAAAUGACAUGCUCUUACUUGCAAGCUAUGCUUGACAGAAUGAAAGAAGACCAGAAAUCUUUUGGGAAAAAUGCUUUUGAUCUUCUUGGUAAAGAGAGAAUGCGAAGGAUUCGCAUUGAUCUAUGCAAUGAACGCUUACAACUUCUGCACAAUGUACGCAAAAAAUAUUUACAAGAGAGAGACAAAGUAAAAAAAGAGAUUGCAUCUGUAAAAGAACAUCCUGAUGCUAAAAAAGAACUUGAAUGGCUAGAAAAGAAAGUUUUCAAUUGGACGCUGAAAAUCUAUGACAUUCUAGUCAAGAUUCUCAGUGAGGAAGAAACUCUUAUUAAAACUCACAUUGAUGUCAUUUUGCAAAAAGCCCAAGAUGAAGAGGAAGGUGGAAUUUUCUAUGAUGCCUUUGAAGAUACAGAGAGCAUGCAAGAUUAUCAGGAACCUGAAGUGCUCUCUACUUCGGCAGACCCUAAACUUAUCCAGUACAAAGACAGGCUCAAUAAGAUACACCAAAAAAAAGCCAAUUUACGAAAUAAAAAAGUUUCGCUUGAAAAACAACACAACAUCAAGCAAGAAGAGAAAUCCAAACUUGAGAAUCACUAUCUUCAGCAUCACUCUAUACAAAUGAAACGUCUACAGCAUAAGGAAGAAGUUGAUUCCAAGCAAGAAUUCAUCCAAGAAGAACGCAGGAAAGCAAUAAAACGUCUCCAAGACUACAAACUGAAAUACCCGACCCCAGCAACUAUCAAGCCUACCAGGUAUCAGCCUCCAUCAGUGAAGAAGAAAGACAGCCUCUCCAGUCUCCCUACAUCACCAACUUCAGAGAAAAGCCACCAAAAAUCAGUUUCCCCAAGGAAGCUCGGGACUAUCCCUUUAUCUCCAAACUCUUCUUUGGUACUGCCAAGAUCCCAAAAAUCUGUAUGUUCCCCUGAGAAACCUUGGAAACGACAUGGAAAGAGAAAACAGCAAAUGGAUGACUUGGGCAUCCAAAUUUUUGAGAGUGAGUCUGCUGUACAAAGUGAGAAGGGAGCCUGUGCUGAACCUGAGGCUGAGGCAGUUGGUGAGGUUAAACCUUGCAAACAGAAUGAAUCCAGUGGGGAGAUACCAAUCCAGGGUUCUACAGUGGAAACCUCAACUUCAUCAAGCCCUUCAACUUCACCCAUUGAAUUUAUCUGUGAUGUGACCAUGCCCUCAUGUGAAUUUCCUUCUGCUACAAAGUCAGUCCCUCCAACCCAUCCACCUCCUCUCAGUAGACUUCCCCCACUGCCUCCCCCACCACCCCCACCUCCCCCACCACCACCACCACCACCACCACCAAUACCACCAGUGUUGCUACAACCUUCAAACAAAGAUAUAAAACAACAGAAUCUAUUUAUUAAGAAAAAUGUGAGCACUCCCUCUAAAGACUUGAACAAACACUCUACAGGAGAGCAGAAAGUCCUACUGAACCUUGAGAGUAUUUUGAGUGGAAAGGAAAGACUAAAACCACCCAGUCAGAAGCCAAGACCAAUGAUAUUAAAGCAAGAUCCCAUGGAUGAUAUUCUGGACAUGAUCAGAAAAGGAGUGAAGCUGAAAUCUGCAUCACAGCGUGACUCCAGCCAUGAGAGAAGUUCUCCAUCACCUGUUCCCAGUGACUCUCACCUGAAACUGCUUCAGGAAAGCCUAAACAGAAUUAACAGACUCACCCGAGACAGUUCACCAGAGUCCGACAAUAGUGAUUUUGAAGAUUUUGAAGACUUCUGA